UUCCGGUACGGAUCGAGGAGUAGUGACCGAGAGAGGGAGACGGAGGGAGAGAGAGAAGGAAGAAGGGAAGAAAGAAAGAAAGAAAGAAAGGUGCUCCGCUAGCUGACAGCUGUGCGAGGCGGCAGAGCUAACCUGCUAGCUACCUAUCCCCGAACUAAGGAGACAGUAGCCCUGCCGCCGAGCAGUAAGAUGUCAGAAGGAAUCACUGAAGGUUGUUCAUCGGUCAGUGUCUCAUUGCCAUUUUCUGCCCUGUCCUGGUCUCUUUUGCUCUUCGUGAGCGUGCUGUCUACUACACAAGCAUCAAGUUGCGUGAGGCCGUUCCCCAUCCAGCAUGGCCGAGUAAAUGUGACCGAGACUAACAGAGGCUCAUUUCCUGUGGGCACUGUGCUGCAGUACAGCUGUGACUCAGGCUACACUGUGGACGGACCCAGCAUCAUCGUCUGCACCAGAGAGGGGCUUUGGUCCUCUGGCCCACCACGCUGUCUCCAUAAUAAUUUUGAGCUUCUCUUUGACUGCGUCCCCCCAUUAAAACCAGAGAACGGAGGUUACACCUGCCACCCAGCUCCAUGCCAUCAUCUGACUCAUGGCACAGUGGUGGAGUAUUUCUGUGACAAGGGCUACACGCUGAAGGGAGAUUACAAAUACCUCACCUGCCAGAAGGGUGAAUGGAACGGUCCUGUGGAGAUCAGCUGUGUGCCCAGUCAAGGUUGUGUGAGGCCGUUCUCCAUCCAGCAUGGACAGGUAAAUGUGACCGAGACUAACAGAGGCUCGUUUCCUGUGGGCACUGUGCUGCAGUACAACUGUGAUUCAGGCUACACUGUGGACGGACCCAACAUCGUCGUCUGCACUAGAGAGGGGCUCUGGUCCUCAGGCCCACCACGCUGUCUCCAUAAUAACAUGUGCAGUCCUCCAUUUGUGCCAAAGAACGGGGGUUACACCUGCCAUCCAGCACCAUGUCAUCGCCUCACUGAUGGCACGGUGGUGGAGUAUUUCUGUGACGAAGGCUACACGCUGAAGGGAGAUUACAAAUAUAUUACCUGCCAGAACGGAGAAUGGAACAGUCCCAUGCAGAUGAGCUGUGCGUUCAGUCAAGAAAAGCAUGCAGCUCCUGUGCUGGGAAUGAAUACGCUGUCCAUUGUGGCCACCACAGCCAGCUCUGUGGCACUUGUCCUUCUCCUAAUGGUGGUGUUCGUGUUACUGCAGCCCAGACUGAAGGCGUUUCAUCAUGGACGGCGUGAUCAGGCAGACUCCGGGCAGCCGGUGACCAUCAUGGUGGAAGGUGUGCAGGUUACCUUACCGUCAUACGAGGAGGCUGUGUCCGGAGCCGGAGGUUCGGUUUUGCCUCGGCUGCUACCGCAAACACAGCUGGAGUCUAUGGAGCAUGUGUUAACCCAGACCUCAACAGCACACGCUCAGCACACAGAGAUCUCAGUGGUACAUCAGCCAUCUUCCUCAUCUGCCUUCUCUUCCUCCUGGAGUUUGGACGGUGCACAGGGAGCGACAGCAGCGUCCUCAGCCUUUCAGUGCCAGAAUCCAGACGGGAGUCAGCAAAACAGUUUACUGUCUCUACAUGGCUCAGAGCAGAACCUCGCUGACGACAUUCCCUUAUUAAAGGAAUCCUGAGAGUUUCUGUCACAGCCUCGGUUGUUGAGGCCACAAAGACUGCAGCCGUACACGCCUGACUGCCGUGAUCUGACUUUGAGCUGCAUCUCUGCAACACAUAGCCCAUCUCAGGUGAUUCUGAUCUAGACCGAGCUGAUGCCCUGCGUGAGACACCAGUUCUGUCCGGUCAAGGACUUGCAAAUUAUAUACACAUGUAUUACACAGACACACGCUUAAAUCCUUCACAGCUUUUGAUUCCUCUGUGUCCUUGGACAUGUAGCAAAGACACAACACUGUACAAAGAGUUAAUGUUUUAUGAAAGGCCUUUUAUUGGAUUUAAGUCUUAUUUUGGCAGUAAACGCAUUGAUCUGAAAUUGAACACCCCAACACACACACACACACACACAACAACAACUUUAUAAAAACACCAGUGGCACCACCUGACAUGUGAUUGAAACUUUUACACUUGUGCUAGCACUGAGUGGUUGGUUGUUUGCUUUUUUAGAUUUUUAGGAUUGGUCAAUUCAUCAAAUCAAGUGUCAUCACACUCAUGUCCAUUUAGUGGGUUCUUGGAAGGGGGGGGUAAUUGUGUACACCCUGCUACACCAUAAGAAGGGCUAUUUCUACCCUUAUAGUGAGCUGGUUUUAUUCCCGGUUAUUUGUCACUGCCAAACAUUAUUUAAAUAAAAAAAAAAUAAAAAUCUUAUCAGAUUAGCAUGUAUUAUUUAAAAAAACCCAUAAGAUUAAGUAAUAAGGCAUGUGACUUGGUGUUUUAAGAAGCUUUAGACUAGGACUGAGGCGGUUGGUGAUGUGUGGAAUUUAAAACGCAUGGAUUCACUCUGAAAGAAUAAAAACACAUUGUAGACCCUUCAGUAGCACACGGCCUCAUCUAUAAGUUAGCUCUACAUGCAGCCGGGCGCCAUUUCUGUAGGGAUCGCCUGACUUUUAUUUUCAUAGCAUCUUACAGCUUGAGCAAAUGUACUUGCUUUGACUGUAUCACAGGCUCUUUUUUUUUUUUUUUGUUCAUACGUUAAUGUGCAUUGAUUUGCGUUAGUAAACUUGUUUUUAAAUGACUUUGAAUAUGACGUGCUAUUGAUUAGCAUCGUAAAAUCCUUUUUAAUUAUAUGAAGCAAGCAAGAUCCUAACUCCCCUUGCUUUAAUGAUGAUAUUCUUGCAGGAGCUUUGGAUAAUUUAAUGUAAAUUGAUUUAUUUAAUACCAAACAAGUGAAGUCCUGUACUGUAUAACAUCUGUUUUUCAUUUUUUUGGAACAGAGUGACGUUCCUUGCCAGGCAUAGGAUUUAAAAAAAAAAAUUAAUAAUAAUUUAAUUUAUCUCUGUAUUGUAAAUAAUUGUUUCUGAUUAAAUAUCGUUUCACCUAUAAAA